CCGUCACUGUUCAUACAGUUUUGAGUUCUGUAUACUAGAAUUUAGAGGGGGGUUUCUCCUUCCGUCCCCUGAAACCCUCUCAUUCUUACGAUCUCCACAAGAAGAUAGAGCUGGCAUUCUUUGAUCUUAUCGCCUUCAAUUCAAAUGGGUUUGUUUCCAUUUUCAAUCAUGGAAUCUUCAGCUUGAUAGGAUUUUGUAAUCUUUGUAUGGAAAAAUUCAGCAUUCUUAUGAGUUUAUGGUGGCCAUGGAGGUCAAUUAAGUUAUCCUAGUGUUGUGAAUUCUAAGAACCCCACUAAGUUUCUUGGAAGAUUGAGCUGUUUCUGUGGUAAUUUCUUGGAGGAUUAAGCUGUUUCUGUGGUAAAUCUGAACAAAUCUUGUAGAAUAUGGCUCGUGGAAUACGAGCGAGGCUAAAAAGAAGCAGUCUUUACACAUUUGGAUGCCUUCGACCACCUCGUGAAUCUAUUGACGAGCCUCAUCAGUUUCAAGGGCCUGGAUUUUCAAGAAACGUUUGUUGUAAUCAGCCCGGUUUCCACCAAAAGAAGCCUCUCAAAUAUUGUUCGAAUUAUAUCUCGACCACAAAGUACAAUGUGAUCACAUUCUUACCCAAAGCCCUCUUUGAGCAAUUCCGUCGUGUUGCUAAUUUGUAUUUCCUCCUAGCUGCAGCUCUAUCUCUCACACCCGUUUCGCCUUUCUCGCCUGUUAGCAUGAUUGCGCCUCUAGUCUUUGUGAUCGGGCUUAGUAUGGCAAAAGAAGCUUUGGAAAACUGGCAUCGGUUUAUGCAGGAUAUGAAGGUAAAUAUGCGAAAAGUUAUAGUUCAUAUUGGGGAUGGUGUAUUUGUUCGGAGGCCAUGGAUGAAAGUUCAGGUUGGAGAUGUGGUCAAAGUUGAAAAAGAUCAUUUCUUUCCGGCGGAUUUACUGUUCUUAUCGUCUAGUUAUGAGGACGGAAUUUGUUAUGUGGAGACCAUGAACUUAGAUGGGGAGACGAACUUAAAGGUUAAACGAUCUUUAGAGGUAACGUUACCGUUGGAUGAUGAUGCUGCUUUUAAAGACUUCAGAGCAACGAUCACAUGUGAGGAUCCGAACCCAAAUCUUUACACUUUCGUGGGUAAUUUUGAAUACGAUCGACAAACGUAUCCCCUUGAUCCGAGUCAGAUUCUGUUACGAGAUUCUAAGCUUCGUAACACAGCUCAUGUGUAUGGAGUUGUGAUAUUCUCCGGUCAUGAUAGCAAAGUUAUGCAAAAUGCCACCAAAUCCCCUUCGAAAAGGAGCACGAUUGAGAAACAGAUGGACAAGAUCAUUUACGUGCUUUUUACCCUUCUUGUGUUGAUCUCAUUGAUCAGCUCAAUCGGGUUUGCUAUCAAGACUGGUUACCAGAUGCCGAAUUGGUGGUACAUGCCUCAAGAUGCAAAAAAAAUUUAUAAUCCGACUCGGCCUUUCUUGUCGGGUUGUAUUCAUCUGAUUACCGCUCUUAUUCUUUACGGGUAUUUGAUACCCAUUUCGCUUUAUGUUUCCAUUGAGCUCGUGAAGGUCCUGCAAGCAUUGUUUAUAAACCGAGAUAUACACAUGUACGAUGAAGAAACCGGUACUCCUGCUCAAGCCCGGACGUCGAAUUUAAAUGAGGAGUUGGGGAUGGUGGACACGAUUCUUUCGGAUAAAACCGGCACGUUGACAUGUAACCAGAUGGAUUUUCUGAAAUGUUCGAUAGCUGGAGUCCCGUACGGUAUGCGUUCUAGUGAAGUAGAACUUGCUGCAGCCAGCCAGAUGGCUAUGGACCUCGUAGGACACGAUCACAAUUUUCCAAGAACCAGUGCACCACACGGGUCCGAGAUCGAAUUGGAGGUUGUACCUACUCCGAGAACCGGAAGCUCUCAUAACCGAAUGAAGGGAUUUAGUUUCGAGGACAGUCGUUUGAUGAAUGGGAAUUGGUUGAGGGAGCCAAAUGCAGAUAUAAUCUUGUUAUUUUUCCGUAUACUUGCGCUUUGUCACACCGCGGUUCCCGAGCUAAACGAGGAGACGGGCAGUUUUACGUAUGAAGCCGAGUCGCCAGAUGAAGGAGCUUUCCUUGUUGCUGCAAGAGAGUUUGGGUUCGAGUACUGCAAACGAACUCAAUCGAGCAUAUUUGUUCGUGAGAGACAUCCUCCUUCUCACGAGCCGGUUGAAAGGGAGUUCAAACUUCUCAAUCUUUUGGAUUUCACAAGCAAAAGAAAGCGGAUGUCGGUUAUUGUCAAGGAUGAGACCGGACAGAUUUUGCUACUGUGCAAAGGUGCAGACAGCAUCAUCUUUGAUCGUUUAUCCAAAAACGGAAGAUCAUUUGAGGAGGCGACCAUAAAGCAUCUAAACGAAUACGGAGAAGCUGGUUUACGCACACUAGCAUUUGCUUACAGAGAGCUUGAAGUUUCCGAAUAUUCUGCUUGGAAUGACGAGUUUGCCAAAGCCAAAACUUCCAUUGGAGGUAAUCGAGACUUGAUGCUUGAACGUUUAUCGGAUGUGAUCGAAAGAGAUUUGAUCCUCGUUGGUGCAACGGCCGUGGAGGACAAGCUGCAGCAAGGGGUGCCUCAAUGUAUCGAUAAAUUGGCGCAAGCUGGUCUUAAAAUUUGGGUUCUAACCGGCGAUAAGAUGGAAACCGCAAUCAACAUUGGGUUUGCUUGCAGUUUGCUUCGGCAGGGGAUGAAGCAGAUAUGUAUAAUGACGAACGGGGAUAUGUUAACCCAUGAUUCCAACACGGUUGUAAAGGAUAACAUUUUGAUGCAAAUUACGAACGCAUCUCAAAUGGUUAAGCUUGAAAAAGAUCCACAUGCUGCAUUUGCGUUGAUUAUCGAUGGGAAGACGUUAACUUACGCUUUAGCAGACGAUUUGAAGCAUCAGUUCUUGAAUCUAGCCGUUGAUUGCGCGUCUGUCAUAUGUUGUCGUGUCUCACCUAAGCAAAAGGCAUUGGUUACGAGAUUGGUAAAAGAAGGUACUGGUAAAACGACUUUAGCAAUCGGAGAUGGUGCAAACGAUGUUGGAAUGAUCCAAGAAGCCGAUAUUGGCGUUGGUAUCAGUGGCGUUGAAGGAAUGCAGGCCGUGAUGGCUAGCGACUUUGCUAUAGCACAGUUUCGGUUUCUUGAAAGGCUUCUUGUCGUACAUGGCCAUUGGUGCUACAAGAGAAUCGCUCAAAUGAUUUGCUAUUUCUUCUACAAGAACAUCGCUUUCGGCCUAACGCUCUUCUACUUUGAGGCGUUUACCGGCUUCUCUGGACAAUCGGUCUACGAUGAUUGGUAUAUGCUAUUAUUCAAUGUCGUUCUCACAUCAUUGCCUGUGAUUUCACUCGGAGUUUUCGAGCAAGAUGUUUCUUCCGAAAUCUGCUUACAGUUUCCGGCGUUAUACCAACAAGGACCACGAAACCUGUUCUUCGACUGGUACAGAAUCUUCGGGUGGAUGGGAAACGGUCUCUACUGUUCCCUUAUCGUCUUCUUUCUCAACAUCAUCAUCUUUUACGACCAAGCUUUCCGGGUCGACGGCCAAACCGCUGACAUGGCGGUGGUAGGCACCGCUAUGUUCACCUGCGUUAUCUACUCCGUCAACUGCCAGAUCGCCCUCACGAUGAGCCAUUUCACAUGGAUCCAACACUUUCUCAUCGGAUUCAGCAUCGGCGCGUGGUACGUUUUUCUCAUAUUAUACGGCAUGUUUUCGCCAAAAAUCUCGAAAAACGUGUACCAAAUCUUCAUCGAAGCUCUUUCACCGGCACCGAUUUACUGGCUUAGCAUACUUCUAGUAGCUGUAGCCUGUAAUCUUCCGUAUUUGGCUCACAUAUCGUUCCAAAGAUCGUUCAACCCGAUGGAUCAUCACGUGAUUCAAGAAAUCAAAUAUUACAAGAAAGACGUCAAAGAUCGACAUAUGUGGCGGAGAGAAAAAUCAAAAGCGAGACAGGAAACGAAGAUCGGGUUCUCGGCAAGAGUUGACGCGAAGAUCAGACAUUUGAAACUUAAGUUGCAGCGGAAAUCAUCGGUGUUGAGUCCUCGGGCUGUUUUGUACCCAACCCCAACGUGAAACUGUAUACUUCUGGCUUGUUUUUCUUCGGAUUUUUUUGUUGUGUAUAAUUAUAUACCGGGACGGGGUCGAGAUGGUCGUUGUUUAUCGGUUUCAGUCUCCGACCCGUUGUCGAAAAUAUCGAGUUUUCGAGUGGUUAAAACUAUAAGGGAAGAAAACGAUAGGGUGUAUGUAUGUACAAUUCUAACAAGGAUAUAGAUAGUUCAUAGUUUUCCU